AUGCGAGGAUGCCUGCAAGUGCUCCGAUGGCUGAGCACAUCGACCGCACGGCGCCCGGUGUCCUCCCGACCACUCCAUGAGAUCUUUCCCAAGAGCGAAUUCCGGCGUCCAUUCACGAGCACCAUCCUACGACAAGCGCAAGCCUCCAGAAAUGUCUCGGAUCUCGAGAAAAGAAUCGCAGAUAUACCCAUAGAACGCUUCCGCAAUUUCUGCAUCGUCGCUCACGUCGACCAUGGAAAAAGUACACUGUCAGACCGCCUCCUUGAACUCACAGGCGUGAUUCAACCGGGCUCCAACAAACAAGUCCUCGACAAAUUAGACGUCGAAAGGGAACGUGGCAUCACUGUUAAAGCUCAAACAUGUACAAUGCUUUAUAAUCAUAACGGCGAAGACUAUCUUCUACAUCUGAUCGAUACACCCGGCCACGUCGAUUUCCGCGCCGAAGUAUCUCGAAGUUAUGCCAGUUGCGGAGGAGCUUUACUACUGGUUGAUGCCAGUCAGGGUGUCCAAGCGCAGACCGUUGCGAAUUUCUAUCUUGCUUUUGCGCAAGGGCUAGAGCUUGUCCCCGUGCUAAAUAAAGUGGAUUUGCCAUCCGCGGACCCGGAACGUGCUCUUGAACAGAUGAGGUCGUCGUUUGAGCUUGAUACGGACAAUGCAAUCAAGGUUUCUGCUAAGACAGGAUUGAAUGUUGCCCAGUUAUUGCCAACGGUGAUUGAGAGGAUCCCAGCACCCGUCGGCGACCAUACAAAACCUCUACGAAUGCUGCUCGUCGAUUCAUGGUAUUCAACCUACAAAGGCGUUAUCCUACUAGUACGAGUUUUCGAUGGCGAGAUCCGCGCGGGAGACCAAGUCGUUUCCUUCGCAACUGGACUGAAAUACUUCGUCGGCGAAGUGGGAAUAAUGUAUCCCGAUCAAACACCUCAAACGACCCUACGAGCAGGUCAAGUCGGAUACAUCUACUUCAACCCCGGCAUGAAACGAAGCAAAGAAGCCAAGAUCGGAGAUACAUUCACCAAAGUUGGCUUCGAGAAGAAAGUUGAGCCUUUGCCCGGAUUCGAGGAGCCUAAAUCGAUGGUGUUUGUGGCAGCAUAUCCCAGCGAUGCGGACCAUUUCGAGCAUUUGGAAGAUAGUGUCAAUCAGUUGGUAUUGAAUGAUCGAAGUAUUACCGUUCAAAAGGAGUCAUCGGAAGCUCUUGGGGCUGGAUUCCGAUUAGGGUUCUUGGGAACGCUGCAUUGCUCUGUUUUUGAGGAUCGACUACGACAUGAACAUGGCGCUAGCAUUCUUAUUACUCCACCCACGGUGCCCGUCAAAGUCAUCUACAAAGACGGCAAAGAAGUGACAAUCACGAAUCCAGCACAUUUCCCCGACGAAGAUGAUAUCCGUGCCAAAGUGGCGGAACUCCGCGAGCCAUAUGUGAUGGCUACAUUGACAUUCCCGGACGAAUAUCUCGGCAAAGUCAUUGAGCUGUGCGAGGCCAACCGUGGCAUCCAACACACACUCGAAUAUUUUACACCCACUCAGGUCAUUCUCAAGUAUGAAUUACCACUAGGCCAACUAGUUGAGGACUUUUUCGGCAAGCUCAAGGGAUCUACUAAGGGCUAUGCCACUCUAGACUACGAAGAAGCCGGAUGGAAAGUCAGCAACAUCGUCAAACUUCAACUGCUUGUCAACAAGAAAUCAGUUGACGCGGUAGCACGCAUUGUGCAUUACAGCCAAGCCGAGCGUCUCGGGAAACAAUGGGUCACAAAAUUCAAGGAACAUGUUGAUCGUCAGAUGUUCGAGAUCAUUAUCCAGGCCGCCGUGGGACGUAAAAUCGUCGCUCGAGAGACAAUUAAGCCCUAUCGUAAGGAUGUUCUUGCGAAGCUCCAUGCCGCCGAUAUCGGGAGGAAGCGCAAACUUCUCGAGAAGCAAAAAGAAGGACGGAAGAGGCUGAAUGCAGUUGGAAAUGUGGUGAUUGAUCACAGCGCCUUUCAGGCGUUUUUGUCUAAAUGA